UGCGUGCGACGCAUUUAGAUACAACGAAUGAACGCAAUAUUCCAAAUACUAUCCCGAUCAUACUCUGCAAAGCUCCACAACCGAAGAGUCCACCGUUCCUUUGAUGCAUCAAUGACAAUCAGGCCUGCAGCAAUGCACGAAGCACAUCAGCCCACCCCCAGCGCCCACCUUCCGACACCCGUCCAUCAAGCCCCAAGUAAACCUUCCACAGCCCAGACAUGUCUGACACCACUCCAGCAAAUCACCAGCGUCUGAAGCACCGAUUGCACCACACCACCGCUCAAACGGCACGGCAAAUAUUGGGUGGAGAUCAUUCGGGUGCAGUCGGCGAUGGUGCGAGCGGGGUCGUCCUGCGAAAGGCUAUGAUUGGAUAUGAUGGCGAAAUUUUUAUCAGAUCAUCAGAUAAGAUGCUGGUGACUGUGAGGACCGAUGUCGCGGUUGUGCUGAUUGGGUGGUUUGGAGGUGCGAAUGUGGCAGGAGGGCGCGAUGGGGGGUUGGGCGGCGCAAAUUGCAGUUUGGGGUACGUAAGACAUUGCUCAUUUUGUUGCUCGUUUGAGGGCGCGUACUUUGAAGCUUGGACGGGACGGGGCGGUUAUGUAUUCUUCCACACCACCUUAAUCAGUGAUGUUUGCUUAUUGACGAUUGCAGCUCAACAUGUUCAGAACAGUAGGAACUUGCUGUCGCGUCGCAGCAUUUAAAGUAUAGAAGAUCAACUGAUUGCUUGGGUGAAUUAGAAUGUGGCCGCGGCGUGCUGCUAACGUUCAUGCUGCUCGCUAAUGCAUCCUCCCGUCUUCUCUUCACCCCGCUUCGUGAAAUCAAGCAUGCAGCUGAGCUGUCGAGAUUCUGAGCCCACAUC